CUACAAUCUAUGACAAUCUAUGGCCGCUAAAGUUGUACAGAGACACAACGAAGUCGUCUGGUGAUUGUUGGUUGCGCAAUUGUGAAAAAUGCCGUUUUAUCAAUAUAAUUCAUUCACUGGCAAGCUUAAGCCGUCCACCAAUUUUCAGCCACUGUAUCCUAUUUCUCCUCUUCCUUUACAGAAAUCAGAGCCAAUAAUAAUUUAUGAUUCCAUCAAGACAAAAUCUUUAACGGUUACGCCUAAAUCAGAUUAUUGCACUAGUAAACCAGCCACCCUUGACCCAAAAUUGUGGGCAAAGUACAAGCAUUAUGGGGAAGCAUUGAAAAAGGAUGUACCAAUAUACUUGGCAGGUGGCAGAAAAGACAGGAUAGUGUUCGGAGCUGUAGUUGCAUACGUUGGUUUUUGUACAGCUAACUCAUUCUAUUUUAUUGUAAAGGAAGUAUUCUUUAAAAACUAAGCGGGUAUUAUGUAGAUAAUAAAUUGUAUAGACUCUUCUGGCAUUGCGAUUCUGUAUUGGCAUUGCAAGUGUUAAUGAUAGAAAAAAAUAAAAAAUAAUUAUAUUAAAUUAAAA